UUAUUAUUAUACUGUCAGCCACAAGACAGAGUAAUACUUUUGCUACUGUUCAUUAUGUAAAUUAGUGGACAAUUUCAAGGAUGGGCAUUGGCUCUUGGGGCGAUGGGGCGUUGCAUUGGUGGGAGAACUUACAUGGAUAUUUGGACCCCAAUAUUUGUGAAGCUGAAAUAUCGUUGUUCUAUUUAUUUGUUGUUUGUUGAAACGAGGUCUCACAGUGUUGGACGAGCUGUACAACACCGCCACUCGAAAUCUUUCUGUUGAUUAAAAGCCAGCAGUUACGCAAAACUCAGCCUUAUCUCGGAAGGACCGACAUUGAAGGCGAUGAGCUAAAUGAUGGAAUAAUUCACCUACUAUUUUUCCGGAAAAAGUUGUGGUAGUUAGGCAUCUCAGCUUCGUGUGAUUAAAUAUAUCAUCUCCUUCGCAUCUCCCCGUUAUUUGAAACAUGGGUAGGCACGUCUGACAAAGAAUGCAUUGUGGUACCAAAAACUAAAUGGCAUUUAGAUGAUCGAAAGGCCGUGGUUGGAUUGCCUGCGACAUAUUUCAAUUCUCACAGCGAUGGGAACUCGGCCAUAGCACCUGAAAUGACAAACAUACACAAGUCUCAAGAUGAAGAGCUAGUCACAGUUCCUGUCGCAAGGCUACAGCAAUUGGUAGAGUAUGGAAUCCAGGUAUUGAAAGAGAGCAGGAGCAGAACAAAUAUCGGUGGAAUUGACCUGGAAAAUAACGCUGCUCUGGUAGCAGAAGCAUCUUCUGAACUGCGCCUUUAUCGUCCGAAACCCCAAGCUUUCCAAGUUGCGUUGGAAAUUCGAUACUAAUGAGUUGUUCCUAGAAACACGACCUGAGGUUCCACGACCACAAAACCGUCCAAAGCACCUAGAUGAAUUCUUAGCUCGAGCUUGUGCCAAUCCCUGGCCAAUUCGUAAGAUUGAACUAAACCGUGAUCAAGUGAUAAAUCUGGAUCAUCUUGGAGAACCUUUCAGCAGAUUUGAUCGCUUAAAGUUUUAUAGCGUUUGGGACAAUCAUUUCAGGACCUUCUUUGGAUAUGGACAGCAGUCUGUGUCUGCUACGGAGGCGGUACGAAGAGAAUGGUUUUGGAAACGAAUACUCAAUGAGUGUGACAAAGAGAUGACACCAUGGUUACUCGAAAUUGGGACUGACGAUCCAGACGCUCGAGCAGCAAUUUUGGUAAAGAUCUUAAUCUCCAUUGUUAAAACGUCAAUUGAACUGAGGAACUCUACAAAUUCAACAAUUGGCGCUAUUCUCGAGCGGUGCUACGCAAGCGGAGUACUGAGGCAGCCUGAAGAUGCCCCGUUGAACCCCGAAAAUGUUAUCUUUCACACUGAAAUGAGGCAAGAUUAUGGUAUCCAUAUUCUUUUGGUUGCAAUAUCCCUAACAAUUUUCAAUGAUUGUUUAACAGAAGAUGAUUCAAGCCUGGCUCGUAAUAGCCACCAGAUACUCUGGUCUCCCACGGAUCUGUUAAGAGACGCUUGUGGAGGUGCCAGUCUUGAACAAAUUCUUGCUUUUCAAGGACCAGAUCUUGUGGUGUCUAUUCUAUAUUUGUCGAGAAGUACAAAACACCGGACGCCACUCCAACUGUCCCCCGCAAAUGCUGGACGAAUUGAUGAUCUAAACAUCCAGUCUCUAAAGUCGAUCGGUGACCUUCGGGUAGUCUGGACGGAUAUAUUUGAAGAACAUCUACUUUUGAAUCAUCAAAAGAAAUGUCUGAAAAUUGCGCGCCUACGGCCAUUUAUAUGGGGAAUGUUGAGUAUCUUCCAGAAUGACUGGUCAGUCGUAUUUUUCCAGAGUGUUAGAUACUGUACUAAGAUGUUGUUAGUAUUCGAUGGUCUAGCAUAUACCGUCAACCACAAGAGCUGUCAGUUUUGAAGGAAGUAAAAGCUGAUAUUGAAAAGACAUGGGCCAUAAUUUUCUCGAUAUCACCUCUGGGGGAGAACUCCAAGAAUAGACUGAGGAUCAGGGAAAAGCUCAAACAAGAGUACGAGAUGGUCACCGAUGAAGAUCAAAAUCCAGUGAACAUAUGCAGCAUUCAAACUCUUAAACAAUACCAUAUGCCAUGGAUAGAGGAUGACUCCGCAACUGGGAGAGUGCAGUCAUACUAUGAAUCACGAUGGGAAAAUCUCCAAGGAAUUAUUCAAACAAAGAAAAACAAAAGUACCAUAGAUUACUCAAAUUUUGGCAUGUUCGAGGAUCGUGUUCAAGAACUUCGACAGUAUAUGGACAGUCAAAAGCCCCGUGGUUUGCGGCAAUUAUUGCGAGAUUCUAGGGAUGCCCUCAACUAUUAUACUUUCAUGGGUGUCAUUAUUUUCGGACUGCUGACUGUUUUUCUUGCUUUGGCAUCUUUUGCAGUUGGGGUCGCUCAGGCAUAUGCUGCGUUCAAAGCGUUGGAUAUGCCUCCAUACUAGCAAAAGAACUCUGAUAUUCAGUACGGUGAUCAACUGAGCAGAUUUUGAAGGCGGUUCCGGCCUACGUCUGUUGUAUCUUUUCAUUGUAUCUUUUCACUGUAUACUGAAUGUUCUGGCUCGAGUUGGGCAACAAUAUGUUAUCGAUCUAUUAGAGAAAUUACGUCUAUAAUCGGGUCUAUGGAGUAGCUAACUACACGUCUUCGACAGAGUUGGACUUGGGAUUCCCCUUUUCAGGAUUCAGUACACUUCGGAUCAUGUGAGAUCGAGGUCAGGAGAGAAGGGGCGAAUAAAGUUCCUUGCAAGCAACAUUCUGUCCUCUUCCGCCAAGAGCAACUCAGUGAAAAAGAUCUCUCAGAGCCUGAGGGCGAAGGCUUCGAAUUCAAAGAGAGGCGCUACUCUGAAGAGCUAUCACUAAAGUUGCUGAGAAACGGGCGAUGGACAAAGGGAUAUAAUGCUUUAGAUAUUGCUACAGGAGUCUACACAAGAGCUAGAAGAGGGAAAUUGUUACUUUGCGAUACUAUCAUUUGUUUGCUAUCUUAUAUUUCGCGUCUUUAGAAUAUA